GGAAGCCUGCAAGUGAGAGGCAGUCAGUCAGUCUUGCUGGGACACUCACUCAUACAACACUAGUCCACUCUUCGGAGCCAUGGAGAGAGAACCGUCGCUCGGACUGCGACUUUUCACAGCGCUCGUCGUCUUUUACGGACUCACCGGUGUGUCCAGUAACCUGGUGGUGGUCCCUGACAAAACGGACGCUGUGCUGGGCAAGAACAUUACACUGAGCUGCAGGAUCGAGGCGCCCCCUGACCUCAUCCUCAUCCAGAGCUCCUGGGAGCGUCAACUCCCUUCAGGCAAAGCGAUCUUGGCCGUGUUCCACAAAGAGUUUGGAACGUCCAUCUCUGCGGACUACGCCAGGCGCAUCUCGUUUGUUUCCCCCUCUGUCCACGAUGCCAGCAUUACCCUUGAAGGAGUCGACAUUGCGGAUAUCGGCUUGUACACCUGCAAAGUGUCGACAUUUCCGCUGGGAAAUUCCCAAGCGUCCACCAACCUCAACGUAUUAGUGGAGCCGAAGGUGUACGUCUCCGCCGGCUCCGCCACCCUGCUGGACGGCGAGAGCGAGUCGCUGGUGGCCACCUGCAUCGCCGAUCACGGCCGCCCCGCCGCCGAGGUCUCCUGGGAGACCGAUCUGCACGGGACAGUGGAGAGGGAGAGUCGCAACGAGACCGACAGCACCACCAGCGUGCACGUGCACUACCUGUGGCAGCCGAAAAUCUACGCACAAGGGAAGACGCUCAUGUGCGUCGUGCACCACCCGGCCCUGCAGACGGAAUUCCGUAUCCCCUACACGCUCAAUAUUCAAUUUGCACCGGUGGUCUCAAUAACAGAAGUGGAGAGAAACUGGUAUGCCGGGCAAGCAAAUGUGAGGUUCAUCUGUGACGGCCAGGCCAAUCCCCCUGCCCGUCAGUACACGUGGGUCAGGUUGGAUGGGUCCAUGCCUGACGGCGUUGAGAUUGUAAACAACGUGUUCACGUUCAUACGGCCGCUGCAGCUCAACGACUCCGGGGUGUAUCGAUGCGAAGUGACCAAUGACGUCGGCCUCCGCAGCAAGGACGUGUCCCUGUGGGUGCAAGAGCCCCCAUCCACCACGCCCAGCCCCAUCACCACCACGACGCCACACCUCAUCUUCGGACUCGGCACCGGGUUCAACUCCUCGACCCUGGCCUCUUUGCCGGACAGCACCCUGGGCACUAUCAUUGGCGGGGCCGUGGGCGGCCUGCUCGUCCUGGUCCUGGUCCUGAUCCUGGCCGCAGCCUGCUUCAUGCGCCAGCGCCGCACCUUCCGGGGCGACUACUACACCAAGCAGUACCUGGGACCCUCGGACAUGCAGAAGGAGUCUCAGCUGGACGUGCUUCAGCCGCACGAGCUGCAGGAAGUGUACGGCGACAAGGCCAGCAAAGGCAGCCAGGAUCUGAAACCCAAACUGGGUGGGGACAUCAUUUACCCCGACUACGUCCCGCAGAGCAAGGAUAGGAACGACUGGGCCGAACGGGAGGGGGACUACUACCCCGAUCACUACCACGGCCAGAACAUGCACCCCUGCGGGCCUCCGGUAGCGAACGGCUCGCCAUACAUCCCGGAGGACUGCUACAACAAUUGCACAGACGGCGACUACGUCUCCCACUUGGACGGAUCCGUCAUCUCGCGGCGGGAGUGGUACGUCUGAGGACGUGAUCAAGAGACAGAAGGACUGGAAACCACUUCCCUUUAAGGACGCCUUUGCUGCAGACAAGCCAGGACGCCUCCACGAUUUGAUCUGUACGGGCUUAUGGCGCAGGAGACGGCGCCUCGUGUUUGUGCACCUGUCUUUAAGCGCAGCACGGGAGGUCAGGUGUGGAGACCCCUCGUUUGUGACGCGUUUAAACCUCUUAAGCGGCUGGAAAGCUGCAUUUCAAAGAGACCCUCCUCAUGCGUGUUAAAGGGAAAGUCAGGAAAAAGGGAGCGCGAGAGGACUUCCUUCCACUUCAGUAUUACUUUAGUUUCAACUACUGAGAAGCGGCCGCGAUAACCAGAUCAAGGUUAUUUUGGCGUCUGGAGCACCGAGUUAUCAUCAUCGCGUUUUGGUUGUCUUAUCCCUACUUUUAAUUCGGCAUCAAAGUGACGCCUUGCAGAUGUGAGGCUCACAGCUGUCAUCAUUUGGGGCUUCUGCGGCGACGCACAGCGCCGCCAUUUUCAGCGUCGGCGGAUAAGGAAAAUAACACCGCGCAGAAGGAGGGGGAAGCGUCGGAAACAUUGUAGCCCGCUGACAUCACCGCCGAUCACAGAACAGUUUGGCUGCUCCCUGGAAAUGUGAUCCGCGGCUGCAAACAAAAUGACGUGAAAAAGCGUCUCAAGUCGAGAGUGCGCGCCUCCCAAAAGGACGUGUAUAUUUUCUCUCUUCACACCGACAACAAACCCGCUGACAUCAUUCUGAUCUCACAGCCCGCUGCUUGAUUUGACCUUUUUUCCACCGCUCUUCCUUAGGAUUUGAAACCACUCCACUUAGGGGGGCUCAGACACAAGGAGCACGUGUUGAAGUGCGUCCCGGACGAGGCGUCUCCUGCCUCCUUGGGGUUUUUUUUUUUGGGUUUUUUUGCAGCUUGUGGGUGCUUCCCGUCCCCGCCCUCGCAUGCCGCCCCACCCCGCCCCGCCUGAGUAUAAACCAGCUUUAAUGUCAGUUGGCCUCAAUGGCCGCACACACACAUCUGCACACACGCAGCCCACAUACGAGGAGCGGCCCUCGCCUCAAGGAACCUUAAUUUAGCCUCUCGCACUCAAUGAUUUGCAGCACGUGUUCCCCGCUCGUCGGCUGAAUCGUCGAACCCAAAACAUUGUGAGCUGAACUAAGUGAUGAAUGUCGGAGGGUUUUUAAACCUUACUUUUAGUUUAAGUUAUUGUUACCCAUUAUGUGUACAUAAUGCUGACAGGUUAGCUUAGCAUUAGCCUUUACCGUGUACGUUCCACCACAGAUUAAAUAGCCGGUGCCUUAGCUCAGUGGUCCCCAACCCCCGGUACCUGUCCGUGGACCGAUUGGUACCGGGCCGCACAAGAAAUUAAAAAAUUAAAAAAUUUUUUUUUUUUUUUUUUUUUUAAUUUUUUAAAUAAAUCAACAUAAAAAACCCAAUACAUACAUUAUAUAUCAAUAUACAUCAAUACAGUAUAAUUUUCAAGCGUUGACCGGUCCGCAGCUACAAAAAGGUUGGGGACCACUGCCUUAGAUGGUCUUCCUCGAGGCGUCUUCCAUCUUAAUAUUUAAGGUUUCAAAUGGUUCAAUCAGACAAAAGGUUGAUUGUUACGCCUUAUACGCUUUUUAAUCGGACGCAUGUAACUAGUUAAGUUACCAAGCGAGCCAGAAUCAUAGAAAAUAUUGUCCUGUAAAUAAGCUGGCAUUUGUUUUUGUGCAUUGAUGUGGGAAAAUAAUUGCUUUUUUUGUUUUGUAUGACUUUUGUGAUGUGAUAUACAACAGUGGUACCUCGGUUUUUGUUAGUCAUCCUUUCAAAAAUGUCCGUCAAAAUCGAAUCGUACGAAAAUCGAGGACAUUUUUGCCGUUAGAAAUCAUGUCAAUUCAAUUGAUCCAAAUGUUAAUAAAGGAGUCCAGGAUAACUGAUUUCAGACACUAUGUCUUUCAUUCAAUAAUAAUGAAUACAUUCAGGAUAAAUGAUAUCAGACAGUGUGGCUUUCAUUCAAUAAUAAUACAUUUUUCAUUACAUAUUAAGAAAUGAUCAUGUCAUCAUAAAUAAUAUCAGACACUGGUUUUCAUUCAAAAAUAAUGAAUAAAUUCAGGAUAAAUGUAUUUAGACACUGUGGUUUUCAUUCAAUAAUAAUGAAUACAUUCAGGAUAAAUGAUAUUAGACACUGGCUUUCAUUCAAUAAUAAUGAGUACAUUCAGGAUAAAUGAUAUCAGACAGUGUGGCUUUCAUUAAAUUUUAAUGAAUACAAUUUAGGAUAAAUUAUAUCAGACUGGGGUUUUCAUACAAUAAUAAAUAAAUUAGGACAGGGUAAAUAAUAACGGACUCUGAUUUUUCAUCAAAUAUGAUAAAAUGAUAAUUUCAGGAUAAAUGAUACCACACACUGAGGUUUUCAUUCAUCUAUCCAUCCAUUUUCUACCGCUUGUCUUUUUCAGAGUCACUUCAAAUUAAGUCAGGGUAAAUUAUAUCCGACUCUGGUUUUUUAUUAAAUACUGUGAAAUGAUCAUUUCUGGAUAAAUGAUUUCAGACACUGUGGUUUUCAUGCAAUAAUACCUAAAUUGAUUAAGGGUAAAUUAUAUCCGACUUUGGUUUUUAAUUAAAUAUUAUUAAAUGGAUGAUUUCAGGAUAAGUAAUAUCAAACACUGUGGUUUGCAUUUGAUUGUAUCUAAAUUAAGUCAGGGUAAAUAUUAUCCAAAACUGUUUUUUCAUGAAAUAUUAUUAAAUGAGGAUAAAAUAUAUUAGUUGCUGUGGUUUUCAUUCAAUAAUUCCAAAGUUUAUUCAGAAACUGCAUCGUACGAAUAUCCAAGAAAAUUUUCCUGUAAGAUGUUCAGUAAAUUUAAUUUAACAAAUUAUAAUACGUUGAGGAUAAAUGAUAUCAGACAAUGUGGUUUUCAUUCAAUAACAACUCAAUUAAGUCAGGGUAAGGAUAUAUAAUUAAUUUCGGAUGAAUGACACCAGGUACUAAUUUUCAUUAAAUAAUAAGGGUGAAUUCAGAAUCAGUGAUAUCAGACAUUUUUUUUAAUAAUCAUAAAUGAAUUCUGUACAAAUUAUAUGAGACACUGUGGUUUUUCAUGAAGUAGUAAUGAAUAAUUCAGGUUAAAUAAUAUCAGAUUCAAUAUUAAUACAUGAGUUCAGGAUAGAUUAUAUCAGACAGUCUUUCAUUUAUUACUAAUAAAUCUAUUCAGGAUGACUGUAAUUUUCAUUUAAUAAGAACUUAAUUAAUUCCAAAAACAAAUCAUUUCAAUCAAUCCAUUCAGCAUUUUAACACAACACAUAUAAUGGAGAAUAAUCAUAUAAUAUGUUAUACUAUAAUGAUAAUAUAUUAAAUGAAUAUUUAACAUCACUUACCUUUAAUCAGGACUUUUGUUGGCAAAGACGGCGAUGAGCAAAGUGGGAGGAAACCAUGGGAAGGGGCGGAGCCACACAAACACCACCCUGUACUUUCCCACCCCAGUUAUUUCUAGAAUCGAACAAUGUUUCUCACCUUCUUCAUCAAAGGGCUGGCACUCACAACUUUCUCGAUUAUUUUGCAGUCAUGCUCAAUAAAAAAAGUACAGAGAUCAGCUGAGUCUUACCUUGGCCAGGGAUUUUUUUUUUUCCAAUUUGAGAAAACACGACUCGUUUGUAACCCACAAUGUUUGGCCGUACGAAAACCGGGACAAACUUUUGGCAAAUAAGAACCGAGGUACCACGGUGUUAGUUGACCGUGUUUGACGAAUAUGGAGCAUUUAGCGUUGUUCUCGACCAAUGACAUUUUUGUACAGGAUGAUGGUGGUCUCACAGGAAGCGGAGACGAACGUGUGUCAG